AAAAAAAAAAAAAAAAAAGAAAGCGAAAUAAUCAACCAGCUAUCAUAUCAAAGAAGUAAGCAACGAAGUUCUGAAUCCAAACCGCCGAUAUGUCCUACAACAUAGCCUCCUCCCCCGCGCUCUCCCCUAAUACCUCCAACAAACUGAUCUCCUUCCUGGAAUCCUUCUACCGCAUCAGCGACGACGAGUCUCAGCACGACGCAUACGUCGACUCUUUUACAAAAGAUGCAACACUGAUUAUGGGCCCCAAGUCUGCCAAGGGCUCUGAUGAAAUCCGCACACUCCGCCACGGCCUCUGGACGCAUGUUGCGUCGCGCAAGCACACGCCGACUAAGGUCUUCUUCGGUGGAGAUGAUGAGCUCAUGCUCUACGGGACGGUGAAGUAUACUCUGCGGGCAAACCCAGAGGGUCAAGUUGAGGUUCCGUGGGCGGGGAGGGUGGUGUUUGGGGAGGAGGGGAAGAUGAAGUUUUAUCAGGUCUAUCUGGAUCCCUCGGCUCAAUCAGGGAAGAAAUAGAGCGCGCUCGCGCUCUUGAUAUCAAAGAUGCAAAGGUGAUGGAUGGGUUUACGAGUACUACUGGACGGACCGGAUACUGAAAAUGACUGAGCCAUAUCGUUACGCAUGAUCUAUUCUCGACACCAAGGUGCAAGCGACGGAUACGCAGGAGACGUCAACAUCAGGGUGUUAGGGUGUUUUUAUUGCCCUCCAAUUGAACAUGGGAAUAUGAAACAUAAGAAAUUUAGAGCUCAGUUCAUUCCUCUCAGUAGCAUCAACCCGCUCCGUUUCGCCUGUUCCUUGUGCCGUAGAGCCAGCCCUUGUUUUAUUUCACCCUGGUCUCCUCAAGUCGAAAUGAUUCUUCCGUGGAUAUAGAGGUGGGAGGUAAAAAAGGAAGAGGAAAAAAA